AUGCAAAGCUCAGUAGGACCAUCCUCGGGCGGUGGGGUUCCUCCACCGGGAAGAGGACCACCUCCACCACCCGGUCACGGGGGAGGCCCAGGCGGACCGGAUGACGGUGACAAUCGGUCCCGCAAUGCAAAGGCGCAGCGAAGACAUCGCGAAAAGCGCAAGGCCCAUUUCAAAGCACUCGAGGAGUCUGUUCAGGUUCUGACGGCUCAACUAGAGGAGGCCCGACGGCAACUAGCGAACGCGGCUUAUGCGUCGUCCAGCCGGAUGGUCUACUCGCCAGACGCAAACAAGGACGUUGCGCAGCUGGCGAAUGAGGUCGCCUACCUGCGGGAAGAGAACAAUGACCUGCGGAGGCAACUAUACGCACUCCGGUAUGCACGAGGCGAGUCGACAUCCAGCGGAAUGGUACCUCCAUCUUCCGCUGGCGACCCGCAGGGCAAGGUCACGACCGGGAUCUGGCCCGAGGUUAAACAGGAGGGAGCGUACGUCUACAGCACCCCUGUCGUUUCUUCGCCUCGAGUUGCGUCAAGUCAUGGACGGACAAUGUCGCAUCCGGGAGACUUUGUUCGGUCUCCUUACGUCCCGUCCGCACCGUUCCCGGGCGCAGAUCCCCGCACGGCGUACCCGCCCGUCCGCUACGAGUCUGCCGUUUACCCGGCGCCGCCGCCGCACUCGCUGCCGCGGUCUGCGGUCGGAUCGAGCGGGUCGUCAGGCUCGGCCAACUACCAGCAGCAACAGGUAUACGUCCCUCAGCACGCCGAGGGUGAAGUCGCAUGGAGUCAGGACCAGCCUCAGACACAGCAGUCAACGAUGACCCAGCCGCGAUACUUUGAUCCCCAGCAACAGCCGCCGACGCAAUAG